UUGUGUUCAGUCUGGUUCUGAUAGCUGUUAGGAGCAGUUGUGCUUACAUUUAAAUGAAGCAUCUGAGUUUCAAGUUACGCUUUUAUAAAUAAUGUAUUUACUUUUUCGGGUUACUAACGUUCACCCGAACCCGCUCAUAACAUUUUGGCGGCUCGUUCGGCAUACAACUGACUCAGUGAAAGUGUCUAUACAACCACGUUUUAGAAAGAUACCAAACACUGCAGGAGAACAUUGGCUCGACCAAUGCCAUUCUCAAGAAUACUACUAGUUGAUGCUCAUGGUCGACUAAUUCCAUUUCCAAGAACACUACUGCUUAAUGCACAACAACAACCAUCACUGACUGCAGCGAAUACAAAAAUUACUGAUCUGAAGAAACAGUUGGAGGAAACUAUUCGAGAACGCCAAAUUUUUACUGCGGACCUAAUCCGUCACUGACCACUGCGGAUGGGACUUGAGAUAGUUAUAAUAAAGCCUAAUGGCGGGAGAGCCCGCAUAAUGGCCAUCUCCAUAUUGUUUAUGAGUGGCGUAUUUUCCCAGCUUAAGUUUAGAAUUUCUACGCAUGAAUUGGCUGUUUUCGAGCAUUACUACAUAAAUCGAUUAUUUGCCACAUUUUUAGGAAUGGUGUAAAUGGUUAUAUGGUUCAAAUGCGUCUUUAUGAUCACACCAAUAGUUUAGGAUGGAACAGAAAUUAUCUAUUCAAUGAUCCCCUGAAAACGAAAAUAGAUAUACAUAACAUGCAUAUAUUACUUUUACCGGAAGAAAUGUUAUUUCAGAUUUUAUCUCACUUUAAUUUCGAAACCAUAGGGAAGCUACGUUUGGUGUGUAGACAAUUUAAUAAAAUCUGUUGUUUUAUUUUAAAUGCCGAGUACACAAAAUUACAAGGUAAAGUAAAGGAAAGGUACGAAUAUAUAUCACAGAUGCCCCGACAAAUACCUAUGAAGUGUGAUAAACAACUUAUCAUUCUCCUGAGUGCGGAAUUAUAUAAACUACAUUUUAUUUUCAAAACACAUGUUAAAGAAAAUUGCUGCUGCUUUUUUGCCGGAAGUUUUCUGGACGAGGCUUAUACCUUACUUGAAAUAUCGAAGUCAAAUGCGAUCCUUAAUGUAACCGUCGGCAGUUGCGAAGGAACUGAUCCUUUUGCAAUAAUGAACAAAUUAUUUAUUUUACACGAUAAGUUGCUCAACUACUUGCCUCACUGCGAUCAUUAUAGAACGUCUAUUAGAAAUCAUCCGGCAAUAAUAAAGAGUUAAAUUCAAUUGAACCUUACGUUAAAUUUAUAAUUGAAGCGAGAGCAUAGUUAUACCAAGCACAGUAUUUGAACAAUGUAUAGUCCUCUAUAAAUUAAGUAUUUUAAUUGCCUACAUGUAAAUAAAGGGCCGCGCAAAAAUUAUCUAAAC